UGGCAACAACCCUUGAACUCAGCUGCGGGGAAGAAGAAUCGCUGUCCUUAUCUUCUAAAUAACAUCCAUUCAACAACAACAACAUAAAUUUCCUAUCAAGAAGCUUUAUUAUAGGAUAGUUUGUUGAGGAUAGGUGAUCAAGGGGACCCGCUGAGGAAACUGAAUGGCCGAGCUACGAGAACGAUCAAGUAGAGCUGUAGACACGCGACCUGCUGGAUACUGAAGAGGGCGAGGAGGUAAAGGAUAUUCUCACUAUGUUGAAGUCAGCAGGUGGGGCAUAGCUAUUCCUCGUCACGUUCUAUGUACCGUACAAGGUAAAGAGAAUAGAAGCUAUGUUCACCAGGGGGGGGGCGGCGUACUACCUAAAUUUGUCUCUUCUGCGCAUGAAGUACGUCACGUGAAAUAUGACUGAGGGGUCCGGCCAUGGAAGAGAAGUCAGUCUCGCGCGCACCAGCCUCUCGACAUGAGCUCCUCACUCACUCAGCAGGAAACUUAGCUAAAGUGUGUUUUUCAAUAUGCCAACUAGUUGUAUUGUGCGCGGUUGUCGGGCAGUUUAUGUGAGAGGAAACAAUAAAAUACGGUUUCAUCGGCUGCCAAAAGAUCAAGAACUUAGAAGGAAAUGGAUGGAAAUAUGUGAUAUAAAAGACUGUUAUUCUCGAGCAGAUUCUAUUGGGUAUGUGUGUAGUCGUCACUUUGAAAAUUCAGCUUUUGAACGCAACAUAAAGUACGAAUUGCUUGGGUUACCUGUGCCUCCAAACAACAUAAAAUUCAAGCAUGGAGCAGUGCCAACACUUCAUCUCCCAAACUCAGAUGAUAGGAGUGAGAAAGUUGAUUUGAUGGACUUGAACAUCAAAGAGGAAGAUAUUGAGAUUAAAGAAGAAGAUGUGGAGAUGAAGGAGGAUACACCAAAGACUGAGGAGUCCAGAAUGACUGCCAGGCGGGGAGAGAAGAGGGCCCUUUCUCGCUCCUGCUCUCCUGAGUCUGCCCCAAAAACCAAAGUGAAGGAUGAACCUGAACUCUACGAAAAUGUGGCUGUCAUCGAUUGGGGAUCUUCCUCUGACCCAGAACCUUCAAGCAGGAGCAGAGAACCCGACCAUUCCCCCAUGAGACCCAUGAGGCCCCAGGAACAUGACCAUACACCACCCACCGCUCCAGCUCUCAAAUCCUUAGCGGAAGUGAAGAGUCAAAAGAGAGCUAAAGGGCCCAUUACAGACACUGGUGGCACCCCUAUAAUAAAGCUCCAAUCUCAAAGUGUCAUGAGUGAGGAUGGCAGUAUGUGGCAUCGUGACCCUAACCCUAAUUUAGCAAAAAAGUCUGCCUCACAGCAACUGCCAGCUGGACAACUCGCAAGCUCUAUAGAUGGAAGAAGGCGACCGGAGGAAUUGUUUGAGGUGUUCAUUCCUGACACUGAGUUGGCUGACAUCAAUUACCACACCUGCAAGAAGAUUGACUCACUGAGGCCCAAGUUCAGGCAACAGGAUUCCUUAACCAUAGAGCCGGUGACUGUCAUGGAACUCAAGGCAUUGUUGGGUAUCCUCAUAGCUUCUGGUAUCAAGGGGGACAAUCAUGCAGAGACAGCCCAGAUGUGGUCUCCGUUUGAGGGGUGCCCCCUCUAUCGAAGUACCAUGACAAAUGCAAGAUUUUGCUUCCUACUGAGUGCCCUCCGCUUCGAUAAUUCUGACACACGAUCUCAGAGGCUACUCGAGGACAAACUGGCACCCAUCAGGUCACUCUGGGAUGCAUGUGUGGCAUCCUGCUGGAGCUGCUAUGUGCCAGGACCUCACUUCACAAUCGGCGAGCAAUUCCUCCCCUUCAGGGGGAACUGUUCCUUCAGCACAAACAUUACCAAUAAGCCUGCAGAGUAUGGACUCAAGAUCAUGAUGCUGUGCGACUCAGAGACAAAUUUCAUGUGUAAUGCCAUGCCAUACCUGGGGAAGGGGACUGUCACACUGCCCAAAGACAUCAAGAUCUAUGGGGAGUAUUACAUGACAGAGUUGACACAGCGAUUCCUACGUCGGGGGCGUACGGUCACGGCAGACAAUCAUUUCAGUACCCUGUCAGGAGCUUUGAGACUACGUGACAGAGGGCUUGAGUUUGUGGGGACCAUUAAGCCAGAGCCAUGCCUGCCGAAAGCUGUGUUAGAUGAGAAAUUGAAGGACGGGGAGACUGUAGCUGCGUUCAACUACAACAAGAAAGUAACACUGGUGUGUCACCGGACCAAUGAGACGGAGAAGGUACAACUCCUGAGCACCAUCCACCACAACCCAACAGUAGUAGAGGAGGUCAAAACUGAUGUACAGAUGUUCUAUAAUGCAACCAAGGGUGGGGUUGACAUGUUUGACCAGCUCUGUACCAAAACCUCCUGCAGCAGGAUGACAAAUAGGUGGUCACUCUGCUUCUUCUUUGGCAUUAUCAACCUGGCCUACACCAAUGCUUACAUCCUUCACCAAGUCCAAAAUCGAGGCAGGAAGACUAUGACAAGGCGGGAGUUUGGUAUGAAGUUGGCAGAGGAGCUUUGUAAACCCUGGGCGUUGAAGAGACUCCAGACAGCAACUUUACCAUGUGAGCUGAGGUACCUCAUAGGGUCGGUGUAUGGCAUGAAUGGCAUGAUAAGCGACCACAGCCCAAAGGAGCCUGCACCUGGACUACAAUACCACAGUCCAGAGGAGCCUGCACCUGGACCACAAUACCACAGUCCAGAGGAGCCUGCACCUGGACUACAAUACCACAGUCCAGAGGAGCCUGCACCUGGACCACAAUACCACAGUCCAGAGGAGCCUGCACCUGGACUACAAAACCACAGCCCAAAGGAGCCUGCACCUGGUCUACAAGAAGGCUCCAAGAAGUGUAUGAGGUGUUAUCUGUGCCCCAGUUCCUCCAUCGUGAUGUCCAGGGUCACCUGUGCGACCUGCCAGAGGUACACUUGCCCCCGCCACUGCAGGAUCACCUGUGCCACCUGUGCGUCUUGAGCUCUUCAUUGGUUGGCUCAAAAAAACUGCUGUGUAGACACUAAAGAGACUUAUUCUACCUCUCCACGCCCCUGUAACCAGUCAUCUCAAGAUUUGUAAUGCAUGAGAUAUGGUUCAUUUUUUUACACAACUUAUUUUUUUACAUACCUGUAAAGAGUACUAUUCACAGUAGUUUAAUUAACUCCAAACAUAAUAUUAAGCAUUGAUUGUAGUUCCUGGUGGUAAACAGAAAUCUAAAAUUCACGUAGUAGUUGUGUGAGAUGUUCAGAGCACCGGUAGCCUCUUGGGGUCCACAUCCAUCUUUAUUUGCAGCAAGUGGGUCAGUCCCUUGCCCAUACAAUAGCUGCCACUUAGCCAUCAAUGUCAGCAGCUGCAGCAGUCCAUCAUUAUCUAUUAACUGCCCACCAGCCACCAUCUCCCUUCACUGAGCCACUCACACAAUCACUAUCACAGGUAUCAUUCACUUCACCUUAUAAUGCAGUCAUGCAGUCAUCUUAAUUAACAUACACACGUUUCACAAUAAAGUUCUUCAAUACAUUUGAUGUUCAGGCAAAAGGAAAUACAUACCCUCACAGUAGUUGACACAAACAAGCAUUAGGAAACUACUAAUAAUGAUAUGAUCUGUUUUCUUGAUUAAUUUAAGAUUCAUUUUCUUGAAUUAAUCAACGUUGUAUUUAUUUUUUAGCGUUAUUAUGUAUUUUCGUGUCAAAUACUAUAUACUAAGGCCUCAUUCAUACACUCUUGCAGUAUCCAAGCAUUAGCAGUGGCAGCUGGCAUACAUACACCUCUGCUUGAAUUAGUGCAAUAUUUUUCCCUUCAUCUAGUUUCAUGAAUAAAGCUAUUUUUUCUACCAUUAUAAAACAUGAACAGUCACUUUCACAUUCACCACCUGCCAGUAUAUUAAAAUCCUCCAGCUCUGCUUUUGUAUUAGGUUUUCAGUCAUGUGAAUUAUGAGCACUACGUUAUACUGCAGGCGGUUUAUUUACAUUAUUUUUCUUCCUGUAUCCAAAGAAUACAUCUAACACAAGUAUUAUUAUAUAGUCUUAGAAAUUAUACAUGGAUUGAUUGACGGUUUAUUGUUGCAACAGUACACAAUAAAGGAGAGGGAGAGAACCUGUCAUCCCAACUCCCGGGCAAUACAUAGUGAUUUGCAGUAAUACAAGAAACAUGUGUACAAUAUAUCAUUAUGUAGUAAAGUAAAUUAUAAGAUACGUAAUAUCACUAAUAUGAUAAUAGAAAACAAGAAAAAUAAACUCUACUUUCAUACGUAUUUUUCAUUUCUGCAUUUAACUAAGUAUAGAGACGAUCUGAACAAUAUAAAUCCAUAAAACAAUACAUAGUAACAUCGUUCCCAAGUCUGCGUCCCGAGUGACCUCCAUGAAUGGACUUUGCCUCCGAAUGCUUUAUCAUGGCCACUUGUAUAUAAUUACUCACUUCCCCUUCUCUCCUCUUGCAUCCUCUGCCUAUAUAUGUACCUCACAUCUGAAGUCUACGUGUGCUACCAUACCCCUUCUUUUACAUACAUUUCCAUACUGUAUUUAUUGCUGAAGGAUAUAUAAUUGUGCUUUUUUGAUACCCAACUUUCUCAUUCUCCUCUCAGACUGCUUCAUCUUUCACCACUUUUUAUCAGCUUAGUCAUCAUACUUUACCAUAUAUACCUAAGCCUAUGUGAGCUAUACCAUCUCAUUUUUAUUUAGUACUUUGCCUCCUCUGAUUAUACCUCACCACGAGCACUUCACCGCGUCAUAAAUGUACUUCUUCAGAGCUUGGCCUACGUGUGCUGCCAUCCUGUUGCUUCCUUCUCCUUUCACAGCCUCACCCAAGGAGUCUAGAGAGAUCCUGACCCAUCCCGUUCACUCUUUGACUUUUAAAUGUUUCAUCAGCUCAUCUCAUAAGCCAUCUCCAGCAGACUAUAUACUAAGUACCGCUAUUUCUCCGUUUAUUCAUUCAUCCACACCUUCUGCUACGACUGUAACAUUUGUAAUUUGUGAAAGCGUUGCAUGGUUAAUCGAGGUAUGUAUAUAUCAUUGCCCGAUAUAUGUCUUUAUAGUCGAUUGGUGAUAAGAUGUUGGGAGGAUCGAGCUCUGUGCGUAACUCUCUGUCUCUC